AUGUGCGGGGGACGCGCGGGCGCAGGGCUCCCGGCAGGCUUCGCGGCGCUCUGCGGGAAGUCGGCUUCCAUCUGUCCCCGGGCCUCAGCUCACGUGCCCGCGGACGGGAACCAUGCGGGGUCCAUCUUCUCUCGUUUGGUUUAUGUCACGAUCUCCCAGGUGCCGUCAAGCGCUGUGUCAUUCGGAUGUCUUCAUUUUCAACCCCUGGAGACCUGGCGGGCGGGUGGACCUGCGAAUGCUCCUGGAGACGGGCACCCACACCGGCCUGGCUCUGUGUGGCGGUGGACAAGGCACUCGAGCAUGUGGUGCCUCAGAAUAGCCCCUGCCGCCUGCAGUCGCUGCCUACGCAGACUCCUUACACCCUGUCCCGAACUCCAUCCUGGUGUGAAUGCCGCAGCAGGACUGUGUGGGCCACAGCCCCUGCUUGCCAGCUCUGGGACACAGGGACAGGGCCCGGGCCUGGGCAGGGGACUGAGGGGGUCUCUGGGUAAAAUCCGGAGCCCCCCGGCCAGCCCUCCAGCGAGCCUGCAGCUCUGGAGGCUGGAAACAGUAUCUGCCAACGCAGAGAACUUCUUGGCUAAAGUCACUGGGGCCAGAGGUGGGCUUGCUGGAGUCCCCAUGCAUGAGGCAGGAAACUGGGAAACCUUGGAGAAGCGGCUCCCGGCUCCUCGGGGCCCUAACCGGGCUCCACAGCUGGCCAGAGGCUUCUCUAGCCGAUGGAUGGGUGGAUGCAAAAACAGGGGUCCCUGCUGGCCACUGCUCAGAGCCCAGAUGAGGGACUCCAAGCCCCACAGCCUCCGGGGCCUCCCUGAACAAAAGUGCUUGGGGGUUUCUCUCUCCCGCCGGGGUCUGGGCGGCUUCUGGGGACGUCAGCCUCUGCAUCUAGGCCUGCAGGGCACUGGGGAAGAUGGGGUGGUGGUUUGCUUGCAGCCCCCCGAGUAUGAGCCCCUGGUGGAGGAGGGAGGGACCAGAGCUGUCAGAAGCUCUCCCAGGGAGCCCUAGGCAAUUCUAGACGUGGCCCCAGUGAGGGCAAGAGGCUCAGAGACCUCCUCAUGGACUCCCCUUAGCAGGCUGUGGGUGAAGUGUGGCGAGGCCACCCCAGGACCCCGAGCCCCACUGCCUUGCCUGGGCAGGGGUCGGGGGGCAGUGGUCCUCACAGCAGCGAGACUUCCUGGGCUCACAGGAAAAGGGGAAGUCAGGGCGAUUUGGAUGCCACCUCAACAAGGUUUUCCUUGGAGGCACAGGUGGUGAGGGACCCCGAGUCCCCGAGCUCGGCCCCUCGGGUGUGUGUCCAACAAGGUCGCACUCCCAGGCCUGGCCCUCUGUGAGCAGGAUCGUAUGGCCUCUGCUCUGGACACAAAACCUUCCCUUGCUUCGGCAGAACACACAGAUGCAAGCCUGCCAAACGGGCUUCCGUUGGCUGGUUUUGCAGAGAGCGCUGGCCUGGCCCGUUUCCUGGGUUAACAUCUGGGUGCCUCAGAGUUGACAGGCUGGCCAUACAGCUAACAGCACGUCCAGUGGAGAGGGGACGGGAGCCAGAAAUGAGGGCCACCCACAGCACCCGAAGGUGCCUCGGAGCCACAGGGAGGAAGGAGAAACAGGAGUCACCACCAAUUUCAGUGAUGCUUGUUUUCAACCCAAUGCUGCAAAGCAGUGUACUUUCAUUGUGGAACCAUGUGCAAAUCCUCAGUGAGACACUUUCCAUUCUUUUUUGCACAACAUCUUCAGGACAUCGUCCUAUCUCAACUCACGGCGCAUUUUGAGGGCUCCAUAGGCACGGUGGCCAGUGGCUACCAUCCCGGGCACUCCAGGCCUCUCUCCGGUCCUGGCCUGUUCCCCUUGUCCACUUCUCUCUCUUUCUUUCGUUGGCCCCCCACACAUGAACCCUCGGCUCUCAGUUUACUCCAGACUAGUUAAUACAGGCAGUUUGGGUGCAGAAAGUAUUAACCUUACCAGAUAACUACAGCAGGAGUCAGAAAAGAAAACUUUGGAAAGCAGAAUUGUAACUUGCAUACAGAUAUGUAGUGAACACCUGUCACAGGUUUUAGGUACUCAGGGCACCUGAGGGGCUCAGGGUGAAUCGUCUGCCAUCCACUCUGUCAUGAUCCUGGGCUCCUGGG